AUGAUCGCUGAUCUCAUAAGACGCGGUAUUCCGCUGCCGAUAGCGCUUCGCCGCGCUCUCAUUCAUAUUGAUCAAAUCGUAGCGGCAAAUCGCGAGGGAAUAAACCUCAACGAGAUCGGUCUGGACGACCCGGAAGCUGCUAGCGUCAAUGAAGCGAACGCGUUUGCGGAAGUGCGACAAUGCGGCGUCAGACGAGCGCGAGAAUGUGCUCUUGAGAUUCGGGGACAGAGUGUGCGAGUUGAACGCGGAUCAACAAACAGCGUAGAUUCGGAGAGUGCGUUGCGACAUUUCCACCUCGACAGGGCUAUCGUUGCGGGACUGGAGGCGGACGAGACGUUCGUCAUCAGAAAUUUAUUUUUUGUUGACGGACCCGGCGGAACUGGCAAAACUUUUCUCUAUAACGUAAUCGCGGAGCGAAUUUUGUCUGCCGGCGGUGCCCGUCUGAUGGCAGUUGCGUGGACGGGCAUAGCUGCGUCUUUACUUAUAGAGGGGAGGACCUGCCCCCACGCUUUCCGUCUCCCUCUGGACCUGGACGAAGAGUCCACAGUCGGAUGGCCGGCCGAGCACGAAAGGUCACAAAACAUUAGUCGAACCGACGUCAUUCUUUGGGACGAGGUGUCAAUGACGUCAAAGCAUGCGUUGAACACGGUUUGUGACGUGUGCGAGAACAAUGUGGUUCCUUUCGGGGGAAAAACAAACUUGCGCGUGAAUCGCGCGGCACAGUUGGCGACCGAGGCGGCGGCUCAUCAUGCCGAAAUGGUCGACUUGGAAGUCGCGGGGAACCGCAUUCAAGAGUACGGCAAUUGGCUUUUGCGUAUGGGGGACGGGUUAAUCGAGAGGGCAAUUUUGUGCGACACGUUCGUAACGGCCGAUCUCAUCAAAAUCGAUCGUCAUUUCGUAAUGCCAACCAUACAGGAAUUGAUCGAAUGGGUCUACGACAGAUAUGCCGGCAAUGCGGCGACCGAGGAUGAUGAAUUUCACGUCUCUUUGGACGUCGUUCAUCGGAUCUCGGCGUCCAACAUUCCGCCACAUGAGCUCGUGCUCAAGACGGGAGCGGUUGUCGUCCUUCUUAAAAACCUAGACGUCAGGCAUGGACAGUGUAACGGCACCAAAAUGAUGAUUGUGCAUCUCGGCGACGAAGUUUUGGAAGUCAAGUUUCUAUCGGGUCCCCGCAAAGGGGAAACCAUCAACUUGUCUAAAAUUAAGAUCACAUCGAGCGUUCCGCAAGUUCCUCGUCCGAUCAAGAGAGGCGAAGUCGUGCUUCCGGAACGCAGGUCACCCUCUCCACCAACGUCUAACGAACCGACCAGUACUUCGUUCGAACAAAAUGACGAUUUUUUCGAUUCCCUGAAUUUGACUGACAUUAUUAUGGACGUACUGAGACACAGACUUACACCCAGGAUACUUCCGAUCCUCAGGCUGUGCGAUAACGUCGUGGUCAAUCCAUAUAACGAUCGACAGUUGUUUGAACGAAGUUCCCGUCCCGGAACAUCAGGUACAACCACGACAUUAUUCUCAGUUGACGUACCAUCACCGAUUGCGAUUCAAAUUUCACCCUGA